ACGACGCGCACCAAUGGCUCAAUUGCCCCCGGGCUUCGUCCCCACUGUUUCUCCCCCUCCACCGUGGUGGCCAUUCCAUCCUUCACCACCGCCGCCGCCGUCCAAUGCUAAGCCAUCGUCCACUCAAGGCAGGAUACUCGCCGGCCUCCUCGUCGGCGUCGUGGCGUCCUUGAUCGUGUUCACCGCCGUGUGCACCCUCUGCAGGGAGUACCGCGAUCGUCGCGCCCGAGCCGCGGCCGCCGCUUGGCGGUGGCCCGUGCCGGAACGUAAUGGCGUCCGCGUCGAGGAGCGGCAGCUUGGCCGGGCCUGCGCCGCCAGCCCCACGGCCGGCCUCCCGGCGUUCACGUACAGCCCGUCCGUGAAGCACAACGUGACGGGCGGUGGGGAGGAGGCGGCGACGUGCUCGGUGUGCCUCGGCGUGCUGCAGCUAGGGGAGACGGUGCGGCUGCUGCCGGCGUGCCUGCACCUGUACCACGCGGAGUGCAUCGACCCGUGGCUGGAGGCGCACUCGACGUGCCCGAUCUGCCGCUCCGACACCGGCCCGGCCGCGGGCGCCGGCUGGCUACCGCCUGUUUAGGUUUUUAUUUAC